UUUGGACCUGAGUCUCAGGACUUGUUUUAAAACUUACUUUCAGAUAUGAUUCUUAGAACUGCUGCCGUAAGACUUACUCGAAAACAUCUGAGAAUUUUGGGGUUACGAAAUGUGGAGGAGAAUACAGGCUGCGCAGCAGUAACUACAGAUGGAUCAGUCAUGCAUGCUCUGGCUCCUAAACAUUGUGACAUUGACAUUUUACACAAAGGACAGACCAUCAAUGAUUUCAUAGAAGAUAAAAUAAAAGAGCUUGGUUCAGUGGAAAGUGAAGAACCAUUUUGUGUGGCAAAUCUAGACAGUGUGUUUAAGAAGCACCUCAGGUGGCUUACUGAAUUACCUCGAGUCAAGCCUUUCUAUGCAGUGAAGUGCAACAACACAGCAGCAGUUCUGAGGAUGAUGAGUGCUCUGGACACUGGUUUCGACUGUGCUAGCAAGGGUGAGAUCCAGCUGGCCCUGUCCCUCGGAGUGACACCUGACAAAAUCAUUUACGCACACACAACCAAACCACUGUCGCACAUCAAAUAUGCCUGUGAUCAUGGAGUAGAUAUGAUGACUUUUGAUAGUGAGGAUGAACUCCUAAAAAUUUCUCUGUGUCACGCCAAAGCCAAACUUGUGCUCCGCAUUGCAGUGGAUGACUCUAAAUCACUGUUAAGACUUAACUCAAAGUUUGGAGCCAGACUUGUGUCGGUUCGUAAGCUGCUGGAACGUGCUAGAGAGCUGGGCUUAGAGGUCAUUGGGGUCAGCUUUCAUGUAGGCAGCGGGUGCACUGGAAGUUUGGCAUUCAAGCAGGCCAUAGCAGAUGCCCGACGUGUCUUUGACAUAGCGAAUUUGUUGGGCUUCCAGAUGACUCUGUUGGAUAUUGGUGGAGGGUUCCCUGGGAGAGAUGACUUUCAAGUGAAAUUUGAAGAGUUUCCCGAAGUCAUUAAUGGAGCAUUGGAUGAAUUCUUCCCUCCUGACAGUGGGGUGCAGAUUAUUGCAGAACCAGGCAGAUACUAUGUGGAAUCAGCCUUCACACUGGCAGCCAAUGUCAUUGCCAAAAGAGUAAUCUUAGAUGAUACGGAUGAACACGCUGAGGAAAACAGGCCUGACCGAAUGAUGAUGUACUACAUUAAUGAUGGGGUGUAUGGCUCCCUGAAUUGCCUUAUCAAUGAUGCUGCUCACACCAAGGUGGAACCAUACCUUCAAAGGGUAAAUAUCAUUCCUAUCACCAGAUGAGGACAUCAAUAUUGGACAACU